AUGUAUGUCAUUGUGCGGGUCGAUGGUCCUCAAACCAUCAACCGCGAGGCGACAACGACCCCGCGUCCGGUUUGGGAGGACGAAAAUGGGUAUACCAUGACACUCAAAAAGGUCUGGGCAGACGCAAAUGGCAAGGAGAUCGACGACGAGGAGUACCAGGCACGGCGACGGCGUAUGAAGGAGCGGGAAGAAGGGAUGACCUCGACUCCUGAAGUGGACAAAUCCAGUUGUUGCAGUUCUAAGAAGACCAAAGAAGAAUCCCAAUCUCCCUCACAUGCUUCCUCGAGCGGUUGUCGACAUAGACAGAACAUUACCAUCUCACAGUCAGAAGCAGACAAGCGCCCAACGGACUCUGCGCAAGAUGCUACCCGACCCGGAAAGGACGCAUGGGUGGCUACCUGCUCCUGUGGGUCUGGCUGUUCUUGUCUAUACUGUCCCGAUCACCCUAACAAUGAGACCUCGAUCAAGCACACUCAACAACAGGUCAAAAUCCUCGCGGAACAGGCUUACGCCGGAGAAGGUCUGAUGCCCACCUCGGUCACCACAGACAACAAUCCGCGGUCAUGUAUGGGCGGACGCCCGUCGUUCUUUCUUUCGAAGACACCCGGGGUCUCCCAACAGCAGCUCGAGCAAUUUUUCCCCGAGGACUCAGACCCUGGUGCAAUUUACCUUACCUAUCCCAUUCAACAACAUUCUUGGACGAAUCAGCCUCUCAGUGCCCAUUGUUCCCACGUACAGUCCCCGGCGACGGCUGUCGCUACAUCACCAGAUCCCACCGAGAGAUAUCUCGAACCAGUCAACGAGGUGCCAAGUCUAUCUACCCCCUGGGACUUGUUCCCUGUUGAUUCUGCUGGUACUUGGGACUUUUCGGAUGGUCCCCUGGGCAACACAUCGUUCAGCUGGAUCGAUCUUGACUCUUCUCGAGGUACCGAUUACAGCAUUGGGCAGGCUACCGUCGCGUCAAUAGGGAACCGUAACAUGCCAAUGAUGCUGUCUGCUCCACAAAGUCAGCAGGCGCCUGCCGUGAGUCUGGAUACGGCUUCAAUGACAGGGCAUACCGACUUGGGCCCUCUUGCGACCAUGACACCCAACGACUUUAGUGACUCGUGCUGCCAAUUUGGCGUGCAAGAUGGAUUCGUCAACUUUGACGUUGAAACCGCGAACGGCCCCUCGAUUGCACCUAUACAGGCACCAGACGCCUCUAUGAGUCUGACCUUCUCACAGCAGAGUGCGUUUAUGGAGCAAACAUUGAACAACUUUGAUAAUCUGGCGAUGCAGUCAUUUAUGGCGCCGCAACCGCAAGCCACACACCAUGACCGACCGGGACAAGAAACAGUCGCCGUACACAUGAGCAGCAUCGACGAGAAUCUGGAAUCGUGGAACGGAUAUGACCCGUUGCUGGAUAACCAGGAAAAGCCCGUCUUCACAGGCAUAUCAAUCACCAGCCCAUCGCCUAUUGCCAAUGGUUCAUGA